GAGGGAGAGCUGCCUCCUCAAAGUAGAGUCAGCCUUAAUGACAUGGAUAGAGUCAAGCUUUCAGGACCUUCAUCUGAUGAUGUGACUUGACUCAAAAUGAGAAGUAACAGCUGCAAGCAUCCCUUGAAAUAUAGAGAUUAUAUUGGCCACAGGGGAGGGAGAGCAGUGAAUUACAGAAAGCUGUUAUUGCUCAGUGUCAACGUUUUUAUUUCUUUUGAAAUCUGUAGUUACACUCUUCAGUGACUUAAGUGGGGGUUUGACCAGUGGAAUUUCAAAGGAAAAAAGGUCUGUCUUGUAGAAGGUAUAUUCCAUACUUGACUGUUAUUCAACUCAUCAGGCGUUUGGAUUUGGGAGCUAUUCCCACUGCAGGAAGCUGUGGCCCUCCCUUCAGGGUGGGAGGUGACUGGUACAUGGAUUUGUGUUUUCCAGGCUGCUCCCCCAUGUCAGGUCCAAAUGCAGUGAGUGGCCUGGAGGGAGGCUCAUUGACCGUGCAGUGUGUUUAUGACCCAGGAUGGGAGACCUACUACAAGUGGUGGUGUCGAGGAGCUCAUUGGGUUAACUGCAAAAUCCUAGUUAAAACCACAGGGUCAGAGCAGCAGGUGAAGAAGGACCGCGUGUCCAUCAGGGACAGUCAGAAAAACCGCAUAUUCCGUGUGACCAUGGGGAAGCUUAGAGAAGAUGAUGCAGGCAUUUACUGGUGUGGGAUUGAGAGAACCGGAAUUGACCUUGCAGUCAAAGUUAACGUGUCAAUUGACCCAGCACCAGCCACCCUAGAGGAGACCACAGGCUCCCCCACUAUGACCAGCCAGCUCUCCGAUGUCAGGUCCCUUCUCAGCAGUGUCUACUUCUGGAUUCUGGUUUUCCUGGAGAUGCCUCUGCUACUGGUGAUGCUCAGUGCUGUCCUCUGGGUAAACAGGCCUCAGAGGGGCCCUGAGGAAGGAGGUGGGGUGAGCCCAACUAUGAGAACUAGUAGUCCUGGUGCCCAGGAUGCCCUGUCCAAAAACACAGACUGUUGAGUGGAAUCAGAAUGAUUCUUUCAGAAACACAUCCUGUGUCACUGUCCACAUCUCUAUCGAGACACUUUCUUUGUUAAUGUCUUAAAAACUUUUUCUUGUGCAUGAUCCUCCCACAACAAUAAUUAAUAAUAAAUAUGUCCUCUCUGACUAAGAGUGCACUUUGGCAAUGAGUAUACAACUUCCAACUAAAAAAACAACAUCACCAAUACUUUGGAAACCUCAGGAGGUCUUCCUGAUGUCUAUGAUCCCUCCAGGACAAGGUGUUGGUCUCGGAUCAUUCACUAUUUUCACA